AUGGACUCAGAAGACGACUACCGCCCGGGUAGCGACACCGACAAGCAAGAAGAAAUCCCCAGCUCAACAGGCGAGGAGCAGACGACCGCAAGGGAAAAGAAGGCCUUCAAGCACAAGCGCACCCGCAGAAACGCACCUCCCACAGCGCCCUCCCUCAAGCGCCAGAAGGGACCCUUCAACGCGCACUACCUGGCCCUGCUCAACGAGGAUAUCCAAGAUGCCGCCACGGGACUCAUCCACCACGAGGCCGAUGACCAACGGCUGCCGCCGCUCGAGCACACCCAGCUCGGCGCCGUGGCUUGGAACCCGCGCGAGAAGGAGGCCUUCUUCACCGCGCUGGGCCGGCUCGGCCGCGACGACCUGAAGGGCAUCGCAGCGCGCGUCCGCACGAAGAGCGAGCUCGAGGUACACCAGUACAUCGCGCUGCUCGACGCCUUCGACCGCCACCGCCGCGCCGACGACGGCAAGCGGCAGCGGUCCGUGCGUCCCGUCGACAUCCCCGCCGCCGUCGAGGUGAGCCCGGAGUGCAGCAACGCGCUGGAGGAGGCCGCCGACAGCCUGGCGCUGCGACGGGAGGCGCACGAGGUGGCGCUCGAGCAGAAGCGGUGGCACGCGCGCUGGCUCGUGACGCCGCCGGUCGCGGAGGCGCUGGACGAGCAGUUCCGGACGGGUCAGUGGCAGGGACAGAGGCAGGGCGGGCAGAGUCAGGAGCUCAGCCUGCCGCCGUUCGCCGAGCUGUUCCCCGUGCGCAACUGGCUGCGCCUCGCCGACCGCGUGUUCCUGAACUCGACGGUGCCGGACGGCAACUGGCGGAGCGUGUCAGAGGAGGGGCCCGCCGUCCGCGCCACGGCGUUUGCCGACUUCCACGCGCUCGCCGUUAACAUUACAAAACGUCUGUUCCUGGCCACGGUGUACGUCGCCAACUCACGGAUCCGCGCCAAGAACGCGGGCGAGCCCCGCAGGAGUGCGAGACCGCUGGUCAAGGUCCAGGACGUCAGGGCCGCCGUGGCGUCCGUGGGCUUGAAGGACGACUCGCGCGAGUUCUGGGCGCGGUGUGCGCGACGCAUACGGCUCGAUGUGUAUGACGGGUCGGCGUGGGGAGAGCUGUCGGAAGGCGUGAGCGGUACCGAUGCCGAUGAAGCUGUUACUACUGGGAACGAGGACGACGACGAUCAACAGCAAUCACAACAAUACAACUCGGAAGCAACCGACACGGAAGAAGACGACUACGACAUCCUCUCCUAUAACGACGUCGAGACCGCCCUGGGCGUCCGCUCCGAGGGCCCCCAGACGGAACCCAACCCCGAGAAAAACAUAUACAGCACAUCAGACGAAUCCGAGCCCUCGGACACCGAACCAGAACCAGAGCCAGAACCCAACCCUCCCCCCUCCCCAAACCACAGCGACACAGACAUCGACAUGAACGCCCCCAACCCCACCAACGACCCCGAUCUCGAUGCCAGUCAUGCCGCAGCCAUAGAGCAAGACCUAGACGAAGCCCUCACCUUCUCCGCCAUGGACUACACCGGCACCGCGCGCGCCAAGGCGGCCCUACGGGCGCGUGUGCGGGCCGAACACCGCCUCGAGCUCGACGCCGAGCGCCUCGACGCGCAGGCCGGCGCGCAGGAGGAGAUGAACCUGUGGGCCGUGCUGCGCCGCGAGGAGGCCAAGCCCCCCGUGCUCAAGGUGGAGGGGGAUGUGAAGGGGUCCAAGACGGGACUGCUGCGGACUGCGGGAGUGGGAGAGACGGGUGCGAAUUGGAGGGAUGGUGUCAGGUAUCGCGGGGAGUGGGAGGUUGCUGGUACACUCGGUCGGUAG